AACAAUGUGUUACAGGAGCUGAGAGUACUGACAUUACUCAACCGGUUCCAAUUCGCACUUCCACCACAUCUGCCUGGCAUUUCAUUUCACCUCGUGUGGAUCACGUUACUGUGUCUCGGGCCAUGAAGGCCAGGAGCCACAGAAUCAUGACUGGAACCGGCCUUCCCCCCCUGUCCACACUUGCCAAAUAUAUACCCUCCUAAAGUAAAUAUAAUCCUGUCUGCAUCCACAUGGAAAAGGCUCACUACCUGCUCAGCAGAGUCCCCCAGUUGUACUGUACACUCGGUAACAGCUUGGCUCCCAGGAGACUCAUUUGGUCUAAGCUGUUGCUGAACUUGGCAGGACAUUUUAAGGAGGAAGAAAAACUUUUCACAGAUCUGACCUCACAUAGCCAUGGGGGACUGGAACCUGCUGGGAAAGCUCCUGGAAAAAGCCCAGGAGCAUUCCACCGUGGUGGGGAAGGUGUGGCUCACCGUGCUGUUCAUCUUCCGCAUCCUGAUCCUAAGUGCUGCGACAGAGAAGGUGUGGGGCGACGAGCAGUCAGGCUUCACCUGUGACACCAAGCAGCCUGGUUGCGAGAACGUGUGCUAUGACAUCACUUUCCCCAUCUCCCACGUUCGCUUUUGGGUGCUGCAAAUCAUCUUUGUGUCAACACCGACGUUGAUCUACCUGGGACACAUCCUCCAUCUGGUGCGGAUGGAGGACAAGCAUAAAGAGCAAGAGAGGGAGAGAGAACAUGCGCACCAUUCAGACAAGCAGGCCCUCAUUGCAGAUACUAAGCACAAAAAGGCUCUGGUGAGGGACACUAAAGGCCGCGUUCGCCUGCAAGGGGAACUCUUGCGCACUUACGUCUUUAAUGUGAUUUUUAAAACUCUGUUUGAGGUGGGUUUCAUUGUGGCCCAAUACCUGUUGUAUGGCUUUGAGCUGAAGCCCAUGUACACAUGUGACAGACCCCCCUGCCCCAAUGUGGUAAACUGCUACAUAUCCCGUCCCACAGAGAAAACCAUCUUCAUCAUCUUCAUGCUGGGAGUGGCCAGCGUGUCUCUGUUCCUCAAUCUCGUAGAGAUCUAUCACCUGGGCUUCACCAAGUGCCGCCAGGGCAUCACAUUCAGGAGAGGUGACCAGUCGCCUGAAUGUAUCUCCAAGGAGCCCAGCGAGACCGCCGUGCCAUUUGCACCAAGUUACGAUGACUACUUCCACGGGCACCACCAAGUCCAGUCUGCCUACCCGCCCGUACCCAGCUACAACCUCUCGCCUCUGUCUGAGGAUACAGACUCUUCCUUUCACCCCUAUCACAGCAAGGCAGCAUACAAACAGAAUAAGGACAACUUGGCGGUGGAAAGGAGCAGCAGCAAGCCAGAGGAAUGUGACCUGAAAGGAAAGAAGGGAGCAGGAUCAGCCCCUGGGUCACCUACGCAGGCCAGGCCCAGCCGCAGUGCCAAACACAGCAACAACAAGACUAGAAUAGACGAUCUGAAGAUAUGAGGAGGUUUAUGUUUCUCUGAGGGGUCUUAAAUUGCUGUGAGGGGAUCGCAUGUUGUUUGGGAGCAUUCAUACAUGCUCGGGUGACUCCCCUCUUUACGAUGGCAAAGGUUUUACUCAUUCCAACUCAGAGCGGAGCAACAUUUUUAGGGCACACAGAGGUUGCAGUUUAAUGUGUGAAGACUGAUGUGGUUCAACAAAAACUUUUCUAAUCAAGUUAGACCUCUCCAAGGAAAUUUCGCUCCACUGAAAAGUGUCCCAUUAUAUUUUUUUCCUUUGAAAAACCUUUGAUUUCACAUUAGAUUGUAGCAUGAAAGGUAUGUGGUAGACCAUUUGUGGCAACACAGUAUUUUCAGUGAAUGUUUUGUUGUUUUGUGAAUUUAACUGAUUUGUGUACGAUAUGAAUCUUUCCACUAUUCACUACUAUCACUGAGAAUCUAAGAAAAUUGACAAAAUACAAUAAAACAAAGGUCUGCUCAGGUUUUACAUUGAGCUUAUCUUAUUUUCUCAAGUGUGUGAUGAAUGUGAAUGAACCUUGAAAAAUGCAACUCCUUGUGUAAAGUUGCCCGAACUUUGGGAACAGAAUCCAGUUCAGAAACCUGCGCUGACCUGACCCCGUUUGAGGAAAUCAGAUAGGUCGAAUAGUUAAAUUUAACUUCCUUAACUGUUUUGAGGUCGCCAUCAAGCAUAAUUCACUUGCUUAGACUUGAAGUGAAAAGUUGUGCAAUACCUGACAACACAUUGGACACUGGAAGUAACUAGUUCCAGGACGCACCUCAAAAGAAAUUGCACUGGUCUCAGGAGUUCCCAGAUUUAUACUGUCUCUUUUUAUUGCAACAGCCAGCAAGUACAUAAUUAUAAGCACAUUGUUUUGUUUAUUCUUGUUUAUAUCUGUGUUUGUGUCAUUUGUUUUCUGUAAAGCACUUGGUGACAACCAUAUUUGUAAAACUGCUUGA